GCCCCCUCCCAAAGAGCCUGCCUGCAUCGGCACGUGCGGCGCGGCUGCUUGCAGCACUCAAACUUGGUCUAAUUGAAUCCUAGCUACGAUGCUUUCGCGCACUCGUCCUGGACGGAGAAUGCAAUACCUGGCUGAUUUUGUUCCCCUUUCCGUGUUUCGUCAUCCCCCUUGAUGCGCUUUAGGACCCACAAUCUCCAUCAAUCCAGAACGGUCGGUUCUAUAGUGUAGCGGUCAUCACAUCGGAUUCUGAACAAACUCGGCUCUUCCGGUAACCCCGGUUCGAUUCCGGGUAGGACCUAAUAUUUUUCAUGUCCAUGUUUGCCACCCAAUCUACCCGCCAGCUAAAAAUACUUUCUUCAUCUCUAUUUUUUGAGAUUCGGUUGUAAACUUUUAAUUAAGUUUUAUUUUUCUUCUUCUUCUUUAUUGUACAUGUCGUGGCCUCGCAUUGUACUUUUUGUAUGCAGACGAUGGCUAACGCCGUCGCUAUUGACGUGUCUAAAUGAGAAUAUCUGUUGUUUCAAGCCCCUUUUUGGUCUAAUUGUUGUCAAGACAGGCGCCCAUAUCAGCCUAGGUAAUUGUGUAGAAACGAACAAGAUGUCCUCUAGUCUGGAUUAUACGAAAACCAGACUUCCAAUUCUUACAGCCUUUUUCUCUGCACGCACACAAACGGAACCUUGUCCGUUCGUGCUGGUUUGUCCCGGGCUUCUUUUCGACGAAGCAAGCGUAAAGAACCACUUCCCCUGAAUAUGCAACGCAUAAGAAGAGAGCAGGUAUACAGCACGGCCAAAAUGCAAAAGACACGGUAGGUGGUCCACCAAUGUAAUGUAAUGUAUGAUGUGUAUGUAUAAUAUGCAUGCUCACAUACUAAAACAAAACCCGAAAGCGAAAAAACGAAUGCCGCUGACACACCACACCACCCCCAUGAAACAAAACAAAAACAAACCAAGAGCCCCCCAAAAAGGCUGAAUAAAAACAGACACGCAAACCAGAAGAAGAAAAUACCGCUAGCAAAGCACUUGAAACGAUAGUUUUUUUGCCGCCUAGAAACUAAAACAAAACAAACCAACCCAAGCCGACCAGAAGAUGAAAAAAAAAAAACCGCUGGC